AUGAUUUCGUAUGAAACCACCACACUCGAGCAAACACCUCGGAAUGGCCUCUUUUUGGUGAAGGAGGGUGAGCAAUGUGAUGAUGAUGAAGCCUUUCUUCCAAUCCCUUUGAACCGAAUGUGGAGAAGAAUAGCUCAAAGAGAUGACACUUGGUUGUCAUCGGUAAUCAUCGAACAUCAUCACGAGGAAAUCAUCUUUUUUUCUCUUGCCUUCUUACCAUCAAGCAGGAUGGGAGAUGAAAAAGAUCAAAGUGAUCAUGAGGAGGACGAUCAAGAAGAAACGCUCUCCAAUGUUCUACCGUCGCAGGACGACUUUCCAUUGAAGAGACUUAAUAUUCGACUUAAAGGUUGGACUGAAAGUGGUGAUGCUUCGUUUGUACACACAGAACCUCUUUGCACUUUCAUUUCAGGAUGUGUUGACAAGGAAUACCAAAAAAUAGAAGAAGAGAUCAUUGACUUGGUUGUUGAACAGGAUAACUACCAUGAAAAAGUGUCACUUCAACGCAUGAGAGAAUUCAUCCAUUUGAAACCAUACGCUGUUUAUGCCUUCUUUUUGAAUGAUUUUUUGGCCAAACAUGUUCCAAAAGGAUUAGAAUUCUUAAAAGUUGAACUCUCAUUGGUUCUGAAUGAUUCAACCACAAGCCAACAGGAUGUAGAAUUAUGCUACACGUCCUUCAUCUUACGAAAUGAUAACGAUUUGUCUGCUAAAUGUGAUGAUAUGAAUGAGUUGACAUGUCUAUGGUUGAAGCGCUCACUUUCACAUCUCUCUGAACAAUAUAUGGAUAUCUUGGAUCAAGGAGGAGUAUGUGAUUACACCUUGUUGGAUAUUGACGCGUUGCUAGAUAUGGCUAUUAACACUUGCGAUAAGAAUGGCCAAAACAUUCAUGGAUUGGACUGGCAUGUUCAUGGAGGCCAAUGGAUGCAUCUUUUUUGGUUAUGUGAAAAAGUGUUACAUCUACUUUUUUCUCGCUCUGCGGUGUUUGACGUGGUUUGCUUUUUAGAUGUCAUUCCUCAAAAGUUUAAAUUUGAAGAUAAUCGUGCUGUUAUAGUGGAACAAAAUGACCAAGAAAUUGCAAGCUGGUUGGUCGCUCGUCAACUCCUGCUUCAGCAUAUUCAACAUCACUGCAAGGAUAUUACAUGUCAUGUCUUUAGAGGUUUUUUUGGAGGAAAUCCAUCGACUAUUGGAAACGAGUGGAAGGAUUUUGUAACCAAGCACAAGCCGAACAGUAUCAUCUCUUGCAAGUCGUCCCUUUUGUUCAAUUUUUACAACAUUUUCUGUCUCCAACUUCCAGUCAUAACUGAAAUGGAGGAAAAUGAAAAAUCAAUCUUCGGUAACUUUUUACAAGGUAGAGACAUUCCACGCUCCGCCAACACAUUAGAAACACUCGUUUCUCAAUAUGCACUCUUGUUUACACGAGAAGUAUUCGUUAAGAAGUGGACAACCUCUACACAGCUCUCUCUUCUCAAAGAUUUGAUCCAAUCGGAUCAAGAAGGACAUCUUGUAAACAGAAGACUAGAUCUUGUAACAUGGAGUAUUGUUUUGCAUUUAACACGAAACGGUAGUGGAAGGACUUUAUUCUAUUGUGUAUCAUUAAUUGCCACGUUGCUAUUACAGGAACAUUUAUCAAUUCACCAACGGCAUCUUGAGCUGAACGAAACUGUACCUGAGCUCAAUGAAUGUAUUCAAGAAGUGUACAAUUAUUGCUUUUCUAUUCUGUAUUAUUAUCAUGGAAUUAUAAUUUUAGACUCGUAUGAUUUCUUGGAUGGAAGAUUAGCUCAUUGGUUGACAUUGUUGAUAAUCAAGGAAGAGACUCAGAAUUCAUCAGUAACUCUUGGUGAAUGGAUGAACAAGCUAAAACAACAAAUCCUUCCAAGCUCUCUUCUUUCAAAAUUCGAGAAACAACUUGAUGUCAUAUUUGAGAGUAUUCCCUAUUCUGUGAAUUUUUUAGAUCACAACAUUGGAACAAUUCCUAGUGAAAGAACCUCCACCACGUAUGCCUACACCUUUGAACAAGAUUUCAAUAGAGGAACAAUACUCGAAGUGAAUCAUCCUUUUAUCAACAAGUAUUGCAAGAUUGACAGUUCCAACGUUAUCACAACUGAAGGAAAACCCAAGUCAGUCUUUAAGGACAUCUAUCAUUACCACUCGAACAGAAUGAUUGAUGAUUCAUCGCACACUCUUGAGUUCAACAAUGACGUAGUGCUUCAAAAAUCAAAGGAGAAACUGGAAACCAUGGCUAAAGCUUUCCAACGCAUUAAUCCUCACAAAAUUAUUUCACAGGAGCCUUCUGUGACAUCUGAACAAAUCAAAUGCAUACUUCAUUCACAACAAAAGUCACACGGAAAUCUCAUUUCAAACAACAGUUUACAACGCUCCAUGAGUCCAAGUAUCGAAUUUGAAAAGUUUAAAUUACAACUUGAAGCGUUUGCUCGAGAAACAUCUCCAUCCAAAAUGGCCAUGGUGGAAUUAUCGAAACAGAUCAAUAACGAAAUUCAUCUUCUCUUGCCCGUGGUCCUGAAUAUGAACAAAAAAGAUGCAAACAACAACAGUAAUAGCAAUAAUAACCACCACAGAACUAGCAAUUCACCCAGUAGUAAUAACAGUAGUAAUAGCAAAAACAACCACCACAGAACGAGCAGCAACAACAAAUCCUCUAAAAAAUCAUCAAAAAGUGGUGAACACGAGGAUGCCUUUGAUGUACUGAAGAAAUUCAUUCAUCAAUUGUUGAAUUCUUUCAAACUACAACUUCCAAAACAGAGAAAAGAUGAAGAAUCUAAAUACCUACAGAAAACAGUCACUGGUGCCUCCUCAAGGAUUGUCCUCUCUCGUGAGGAUGAACGAAAGGCCUUGUUUAAACUUUAUCAUGUCAAUAGUUGGAUUCGAUUCAUAUACAGUUAUCUAAAGUGGUUGGAGAAGACUCUAAGCUUUCUCUUUACCGAAUCUGAGAUUAGAAAAGAAAUCGAUCACCUUGCCACAGUUGCGAGAAUGUUUGGAUUUGUGAACACUGCUGAUAUCCUACAAAAGAAACCUCUGGCAGAGACUUCAAAAGACGUCGUGGAUCCUAAUUAUCUUUUCCUUUUGCACUUUGAAUUCAUUCCACCAACGACUCCCUCCCUUGAAUUGUUCACCAAUCAACAACAUGUCCAAAUACUUGAGACUCUCUCCUCUCACAUUGAAGAUUUAUCAAAACAAUACAAUCAAGAGAAAAAGAAGGAUCAGAAGGAACGUCUUUCCGAAGAGUUGAGAAAGGCCAUCAUUAUGAAAAAACUUCGAGAAAAUCUGACCUUUGUUCCAGAUCAAUGGCAAAACGAAAUGAUCGAUCAUGUGAAUCAUAAUCGAUCUGUACUCGUAUCCGUUCCUACCUCGAACGGUAAAACCUUUAUUGUGCACUAUGUCAUUGAAAAAGUUCUAAGAGAAAGUGAUACAGGUGUGGUUGCAUUUGUGGUACCAAACAAAGCAUUGGUGAAUCAAAUUUAUUGUGACGUUCUGAGUCGAUACGAGAAGAAAGUUUUAGGAAAAGUGGUGGUUGGAAUGGCCACUGCAAAUGUUAGAAUUGAUAUUUUCAAUUGUCAAGUUCUAAUUCUCACUCCUGCCAUGUUAGAAAUUUAUUUAAUGAGUGCCUCAGAGAAACUUGUAGCUUGGAGAAAGAAUAUCAAAUAUUUAGUUUUAGACGAAAUACAUUGUAUCACUCAGGAUGAUCAAGGAGAUUAUUAUGAACAUUGUAUUCAAUUACUCGAUUGCCCAAUUAUUGGCCUUUCAGCAACUAUUGGCAAUGCAGAAAAGUUUAAAGAAUGGAUCAAACAUAGAAAUCGAGAAGACAUUCAACUCAUCUAUGAACCUGACUAUAAGAGAUAUGCUCCAUUGGAAUAUUAUUCUUUCAACAAUCACCGAAUUUCACAUUCACAUCCCUGUGGCUUAUUCAAUCCCAACAAUUUAUCAAAAAAGGAAGUAAGUCAAUGCAGAAUGAUGACGAUCGAUGAAUGUUUCCAACUUUCAGACUUUAUUUUGAUCCAUCAUCCAGAAAUGAAAGAGUUUGUAGAGAGUCAUGUUGGACAUUCUCUGUUGAAGGACAACAAACUUGAAAUUAUAUCUUGGUCAGAUCACAUUGAAUACAAGAGAUUAUACAACAGAAUGCUUGAGGAACUUACUGCAAAUCAUCAUCGACACGUUCUUCAAUCCAUCGUUCAACAUUUUAGCAAUGAGUAUAUUUUCAGUAGCAGUGAGAACAAAAAUUCCUCAGAAAUUAUUGAAGACAUGAUUACUCUCAUCAUGCAUAUGAAAGCAAAGAAAAUGUUUCCAGCUCUCCUAUUUAUCUUUGCAAGGCAACAAAUCAAUACACUCAUUUGGAGUUUGUGUGAACGAGAAAUAUCUCUGUGGGAUGAUGAAGACUCAAAGCCAUCAGGAGACAUUCUUCGAGUGGUCAAGAACUUUUCAAACACUUUAGAAUCGCAGCAGAAAUUGCAAGAUCAUUAUUUAAAAGCCCUUCACCUUGGAAUUGGAGCUCACUUUUCAGGCAUUGAUGAGUUUUAUCAGAUGGAAGUCGAACGUUUGUUCCGUGAGAGAAAGCUUCCUCUCAUCAUUUGUACUUCAACAUUGGCUCUUGGUGUUCAUUUACCGUGCAGUACUGUGGUGAUGGGAGGUGCAUCCAUUUACCUUAACAAGACUUUGUUCAAGCAGUGUUGUGGUCGUGUGGGUAGAAGAGGUGUGGAUCAAAAAGGAAGAGUGAUUCUUUAUGGGCUAGAUUACAAUAGAGUGCGAAGAUAUUUAUUGUCAGAACCGGUCACAUUGAAUGGAACUAAUGGCCUAAAGCCAAGUUUCUUACUGAAGAUACUCAUUAGUUUGAAUAGCCAUCAAGAUUGCCGCAAAGAGGCUCUUGAAUAUUUUGAGGAUGCUUUGACUAGACUCUUGGAAAGACCUCUCUUUUCCAUCAACUCAUCCAUCAUGAGCCAGGUUACAAAGCAAAUGAGCCACUAUGUGAGAUUUAAUACCGAAUUUUUACGACAAACGUUUUAUUUAAAUAAGAAGUGUCAACCUUUGAAACUGAGCGGAUUGGCAGCACAUAUCCAUUACAGAGAGCCAUUUAAUUUCUUAUUUACACACUUUAUACAGACAGAUUUGUUUUCAAGAAAACUCGAUGAUAAUAUCAUUACUGAACGAGAGUAUGACAAGAUUGUACUAGUGGUAUUUUCACUACUUUUUGCAAGAUUGAGAGCUUCUCAGUUUAUGAGUCGAAAAUACAUUGUUAAUGUCAACUUUAGCGAAUCCAUGACUAAGGUCUACGAAGAAAUGAGAACUCAAAACAAACACUUUAACAGAGAAGUUUUGAAAAUAUUCAGUAAUUAUGCUGUGACUUAUUUUCUUGCAUCCAGACACGAUGUCGAGGUUCAAAAUGAUUUGUAUUUUCCAUGCUCUAAAUUGGUGCCCAAAUUUUGCAAUGAAAGUAGUUCAUCCUCGCCACUCUCUGAGCUUUUGAAAAAAGAUCUUAUUACAAGUAAUGCUUCAAUUUCUUCCUUUGCAGCUCUUAGUGGAAACAAAGACAAUUACUACAUUAACGAGGAUCACUUUAUUUCAAGUCUUAAACAUACCAUCUAUCUCAACAAGGGUCAUUUACCCUUCAGUAAUGUGAUUUCUGGAGAAGAGUUGAAUUCCUUUUUAUUGGACUAUUAUCAUCAUGGAGAUUUAGAACUGUUAUGCAUCAACAAUCAUAUUCCAACUAUUGGAAUGGCAGCAAAAUUAAUCGAAGAUGCAACCAGAGAUUUGAAAAAACUCAGAUCUAGUUUAAUUAAUGAAGAGGUAUUCGAUUACUCCAUCUCUGAGUAUUUAAAGAAAUCAUCCAGUGAAGAAACAGCACUAUGGCUCUACAAUACUCUUUGUCGAUUUUUGCCUAAACAUGUCGCACAGAACAUGAGGAAACGAUUUCAAGAGAAAAACGUGACCUUUUUACGUUUGUAUGAAUGGAUUACCGAUGACACUUUUGACAUUGAAAUUUGUAAUAUUGUCAAUUUGAAAGGAAAAGGUUUGAAAUCAUUAAGAUAUGAUGUGUCUUCUCUCUUCUUGCAUCCUCUUGUUCAAAGUAUGAGCCGAAUUAUUCGACAAUUUACAGCCAAAGAAACACAAGAGCGUCAAGUCUUGAGAUCUCUUAAAACUUUGAAAAAGCUCAACAAGAAAGAUACGAUUGGAAGCACCAAAGAAGAUACAUAUUUGAAAAAGAAGAAGAAAUCUUCAUCGAGUGGCUCCUCCAAAUGGACCACCACCAAACCUCCAGACAAGUAUGAAUGA